GCUUGCUUGCUUGCUUGCUUCCCCCCCCCCCGCUACACUUUAUCACCCACCUUCUUCCUCCCACCAGCCCACACGCGCGAUUUGCUUAAGAAGAACGGCGCGGGGUGGGGGAGUGUUGAAAUUAGCAAGAAGUGGUAAAUUGAUUAAGACCAGUUUCCUCCUGCGAGAGAGAGCGCGAGAGAGCGAUUGCAAAGAGGAGCACGGGAGGGGGAAGAGCUAGAGCGAGAACCGUUCGCAGGCAGCCCAGCCCCUGUAGAGCACAGGAGCUUGCAAAGGAGGGGUGGGAAGUGAGCAUUGCUGCUGGUAGCGGCUCAGUUAGCUGCCGUUUGCAACGGCGAAGAAUUGAUCUAGCCACUAGCGGGGUGCUGGUUGUUAGGCGGGGUGUUUCUGCGGCUCCUCGGCGACGUGCAAAGCGCUCUCCUUGAUUGCAUUUGACUUGCAAUGCCGGCAAACCGUGCACAGGAUGAAAUCAGGUCACUCUUCUAGAAUGCCAGAGGAAAGUUCCCCACGGAAGACUCCCCAGAAUGUCCCAUAUCGGGACCUUCCUCAUUUGGUCAACGCUGAUGGGCAGUACCUUUUCUGCAGAUACUGGAAGCCAUCCACCCCACCAAGGGGCCUGGUGUUCGUUGCUCACGGUGCUGGAGAACACUGCUGUCGCUAUGAUGACUUGGCCCAGAUGUUGACGGGAAUCAACUUUUUUGUAUUUGCCCAUGACCAUGUUGGCCAUGGGCAGAGUGAAGGAGACCGUAUGGUUGUGUCAGACUUCCAUGUGUUUGUCAGAGACAGCUUGCAACACAUUGACCUCAUGAAGAAAGACCACCCAGGCCUCCCUGUGUUCCUUCUAGGGCACUCCAUGGGAGGAGCCAUCUCCAUCCUCACCGCGUGCGAAAGACCAAAUGACUUUUCAGGCAUGGUAUUAAUUUCUCCUCUAGUAGUUGCAAGCCCAGAUGUAGCAACACCGAUCAAGGUUUUUGCAGCUAAAAUACUUAACUUAGUUCUGCCAAACCUGUCCCUGGGAUCUAUCGACCCAAACGUUGUUUCCCGGAAUAAGAAAGAGGUUGACUCUUACACCACAGACCCGCUAGUUUACCAUGGCGGCAUGAAAGUCUCCUUCGUCAUCCAGUUGCUGAAUGCCAUUGCCAAAAUAGAGCGUGCGCUCCCCAAACUGACUCUUCCGAUGCUGGUGCUCCAUGGUUCACCUGACAAACUCUGCGAUAUCAAAGGCUCUUAUUUGCUGAUGGAUACGGCACCAAGCCAGGAUAAAACUCUCAAGGUGUAUGACGAGGCUUAUCAUGCCCUCCACAAAGAGCUUCCUGAGGUGACUGCAUCUGUCCUUAAGGAAAUACAGUCAUGGAUUAGUCAGAAACUCUCAGCAGCUGAAGAAGCCCGUCGCUCUUAAAGAAAAGCUGGCUUGAGACCUUCUUAAAUGGUUGUUGGGCUAUUCCAGGAAGAUAUUUUUUCCUUUUCUGUUUUUUACAACCUCUUUUCGGGGGCAAAAAUGUUUCUCUUAAAGGGACUCCUGAAAUAUGUUAUUUUUAAACAGACAUUUCCUGUGGCGUUGUGGGGAGGGGGGGGGUUGCCACGCAGCCAUUUAAAGGGCGCUUUCUUCCCAGCAGAAAGAGCUACGGGAAUGUUGUAUCAGUACAGACUUCCUGGCUGGGGGUGCUGCUUUAAGGGACUUCCUUGAAUCCCCCUCAAAGCCCACAACACUCUCUAAACAUGUUCUUUGUUGUCCAGGGAGUUCCUGAGGUGCUGAGGUAUUUUUUCUCCAUUUUUUAAUAUUGCAAUAAUCUUCGGAAUGUUUUAAAAAAUAAUUGGCAUCUUCCAUGUCAUUCAGUUUCUACUCUUGCCAGGUGACAAUUCCUCCCUCCUCUACUUCCAAGGCUACAAAACAGACCCAAAGGGAAAUGUUGUUUGUCAGAUGGAGAUGGAGCUAGGAAGGAAGUUAGGCUGCUGGCGAAGUCUCUUCCUGUGUGAAUUCAGGCCAUGACAGUGUUUAGAUUUAGGAUCAGGCCAGGCUGAAAGGGCCUCUCAGCCCUCAGGGCUUCGAGAACAAGGAGGAGUCCAGCAGGCCACAGGAACAGUGCAAACAGCACUCUAGAUGUAGCGCCGUUUAAUGAUCAGCCCCAGAAAUGACGCCACUGAGGAACAGGACUAACAUAGAGGUCUACAAGCCUUAAGGCGUAGACUCUUAAGCACGCAAAAGAGAUGCUGAUGUUGUUACUUCUGCUUCCAGAAACCAAAUCCUUCUUCUGUGCAAGAACUGUAAUCUGUAAAUACACGUAGGGGCUGCUUUUCUUGUUAUUUGUGUUAACUGAUAACUUAAGAUGUAAAGUCAAAAGUUAUAUUUUAAAAAAAAUAUUAAAUAUAAUAUAUAAUGUC